AGGUGACGGGCAAGAUGUCGGCUGUCUGUGGCUUUGAGCGGUUGUUGAGAGGAGCAUCUUCGUAACAAGCUCGCCGGAGACGGCUAAAAGGAGCCGAGUCGCGGGAGCAAGUUUGAGGCGGCGGCGGGGUGUGGGCGCCGAGGGAGCCCUGGCCGCGGGGCAUGACUGUCGGGAGCGUUGGGGAGCGGGGAGUGGGAGGUGCCGGAGGCUGGUGAUACCCCGCAGCCCCCCGGGAAACGGGGAAGCCAAGCUCGGUGGGAGCGCUUCAUGCCGCCAACUGGUUUAGAGCCCGCCAGAAUGAACAGGAAGAAAGGAGACAAGGGCUUUGAAAGCCCAAGGCCAUAUAAAUUAACCCAUCAGGUUGUCUGCAUCAACAACAUAAACUUCCAGAGAAAAUCUGUGGUGGGAUUCGUGGAACUGACUAUAUUUCCUACAGUUGCAAACUUGAAUAGAAUCAAGUUGAACAGCAAACAGUGUAGAAUAUACCGAGUAAGGAUAAAUGAUUUAGAAGCUGCUUUUAUUUAUAAUGACCCAACCUUGGAAGUCUGUCACAAUGAAUCAAAACAGAGAAAUCUAAAUUAUUUUUCCAAUGCUUAUGCAGCUGCAGUUAGUGCUGUGGAUCCUGAUGCAGGAAAUGGAGAACUUUGCAUUAAGGUUCCAUCAGAGUUAUGGAAACACAUUGAUGAAUUAAAGGUCCUAAAGAUACACAUCAAUUUUUCUUUGGAUCAGCCAAAAGGAGGUCUUCAUUUUGUGGUACCCAGUGUUGAGGGAAGUAUGGCAGAGAGAGGUGCUCACGUUUUCUCUUGUGGGUAUCAAAAUUCCACAAGAUUUUGGUUCCCGUGUGUUGAUUCAUACUCUGAAUUAUGUACAUGGAAAUUAGAAUUUACAGUAGAUGCUGCAAUGGUGGCUGUUUCCAAUGGAGAUUUGGUGGAGACAGUGUAUACCCAUGAUAUGAGGAAGAAGACCUUCCAUUACAUGCUUACCAUUCCAACAGCUGCAUCAAAUAUCUCUUUGGCCAUUGGACCUUUUGAAAUACUUGUAGAUCCAUAUAUGCAUGAGGUUACUCAUUUUUGUUUACCUCAACUUCUUCCAUUGCUUAAACAUACUACAUCUUAUCUUCAUGAAGUUUUUGAAUUUUAUGAAGAAAUUCUUACAUGUCGAUACCCAUAUUCCUGUUUUAAGACUGUAUUCAUUGAUGAGGCUUAUGUUGAAGUGGCUGCUUAUGCUUCCAUGAGCAUUUUUAGCACAAAUCUGUUACAUAGUGCCAUGAUUAUAGAUGAGACACCUCUGACUAGAAGGUGUUUAGCCCAGUCCUUGGCACAGCAGUUUUUUGGUUGUUUCAUAUCCAGAAUGUCUUGGUCUGAUGAAUGGGUACUAAAGGGAAUUUCUGGCUAUAUUUAUGGACUUUGGAUGAAAAAAACUUUUGGUGUUAAUGAAUACCGCCAUUGGAUUAAAGAGGAGCUAGACAAAAUAGUGGCGUAUGAACUAAAAACUGGUGGAGUUUUACUACAUCCCAUAUUUGGCGGAGGAAAAGAGAAGGAUAAUCCAGCAUCUCAUCUACACUUUUCAAUAAAGCAUCCACAUACGCUUUCUUGGGAAUAUUACACUAUGUUUCAGUGUAAAGCUCACCUCGUGAUGAGAUUGAUAGAAAAUAGGAUCAGUAUGGAAUUCAUGCUACAAGUUUUCAAUAAACUGUUAAGUUUGGCUAGUACUGCUUCAUCACAGAAGUUCCAGUCACAUAUGUGGAGUCAGAUGUUGGUUUCCACAUCUGGGUUUUUGAAAUCCAUCUCAAAUGUCUCUGGCAAAGACAUCCAGCCUUUAAUAAAGCAGUGGGUAGACCAGAGUGGAGUGGUAAAAUUUUAUGGAAGUUUUGCAUUUAACAGAAAACGAAAUGUUUUGGAAUUAGAAAUAAAGCAAGAUUAUACAUCGCCGGGAACUCAGAAAUAUGUGGGACCACUUAAAGUGACAGUGCAGGAGUUAGAUGGAUCCUUCAAUCAUACGUUGCAAAUUGAAGAAAACAGCCUUAAGCAUGAUAUUCCCUGUCAUUCUAAAAGCAGAAGGAAUAAAAAGAAAAAAAUUCCACUGAUGAAUGGAGAGGAAGUUGACAUGGAUCUUUCUGCGAUGGAUGCGGAUUCCCCUUUGCUGUGGAUAAGGAUAGACCCAGAUAUGUCAGUGCUGAGGAAAGUGGAGUUUGAGCAAGCUGAUUUCAUGUGGCAGUAUCAGCUCCGCUAUGAGAGAGAUGUUGUUGCACAGCAGGAAUCCAUUCUGGCCUUGGAGAAGUUCCCUACGCCAGCAUCUCGCCUUGCACUCACUGACAUACUAGAACAAGAGCAGUGUUUUUACCGAGUAAGAAUGUCCGCUUGCUUCUGCCUCGCAAAGAUUGCGAAUUCAAUGGUGAGCACAUGGACAGGACCACCAGCCAUGAAGUCACUCUUUACUAGAAUGUUUUGUUGCAAGACUUGUCCAAACAUUGUGAAAACAAACAACUUUAUGAGCUUUCAAAGCUAUUUUCUACAGAAGACUAUGCCAGUUGCAAUGGCUUUAUUGAGAGAUGUUCACAACCUUUGUCCCAAAGAAGUCUUAACAUUCAUUUUAGACUUAAUCAAGUACAAUGACAACAGAAAAAAUAAGUUUUCAGAUAACUAUUAUCGUGCUGAAAUGAUUGAUGCCCUUGCCAACUCUGUUACGCCUGCAGUCAGUGUGAAUAAUGAAGUUCGAACUUUGGACAACUUAAAUCCAGAUGUACGACUCAUUCUUGAAGAAAUCACCAGGUUUUUGAAUAUGGAAAAACUUCUUCCAAGUUAUAGACACACCAUCACUGUCAGUUGUUUGAGAGCCAUACGAGUGCUUCAGAAGAAUGGACAUGUGCCAAGUGAUCCAGCUCUUUUUAAAUCUUAUGCAGAGUAUGGCCACUUUGUGGACAUUAGGAUAGCAGCUUUGGAAGCAGUUGUUGAUUAUACUAAAGUGGACAGGAGUUAUGAAGAACUGCAAUGGCUACUUAAUAUGAUUCAGAAUGACCCUGUACCCUAUGUAAGACAUAAGAUUCUAAACAUGUUGACAAAGAACCCACCAUUUACUAAGAACAUGGAGUCUCCGUUAUGCAAUGAAGCCUUGGUAGAUCAACUUUGGAAACUUAUGAAUUCUGUUUUCUUUGGCAUUAUAGGGCUCUCUAAAUAUCGGCCAGCUAGUUCCCGAUCUGCUUUAAUACCCCAACACUCAUCAGGCUGUGAUGGCACACCCACCACGAAACCCCAGUGGAGUAUGGAACUUGCAUGGAAGGGAACAGGUAAAGAACAAUCACCUUUGGAGAUGAGUAUGCAUCCAGUUGCAACAGCUCCACUCUCAGUGUUUACUAAGGAAUCUGCGUCCUCCAAACACAGCGACCACCAUCACCACCAUCACCAUGAGCACAAGAAGAAGAAGAAGAAGCACAAACAUAAGCACAAGCACAAGCACAAGCAUGAUAGUAAAGAGAAGGACAAAGAGCCUUUCACUUUCUCCAGCCCCGCCAGUGGCAGGUCUAUACGUUCUCCUUCUCUUUCAGACUGAGACGGGGACAAAGGAGACUUUCCCUUAGUGUCCAGAAGAAUAUAUAUAACUAAAGCUUUGUCCUCUGUAAAGAAUGAUAAAUGGAAACAGACAAAAAAAUAGUUGCCUUUCUCAUAGAAAUUCAGAAUCCAUGUAAAUUCUAACAUUUGAUUUAUGUUAUUUAUGCAAUUGAGAUCUAAUUAGAAAAAUGUUUUAUAGUUCUGAAUAAACCAUUUCAUCCCAUUUCCUCCUGAGAACACACACACACACACACACACACACACACACUCAUUCACACCAAACUUCAAAAAGGCCCUCAGAUCCACUGGCAGUUCCCAUUCACAUCAUGGUCUUCAUGUGUACUGCCAAAAUCAAUUAUGUUUUAAAGUCUUUGAUGGAUGUUAUGGGGCAAAGUUAUGUUUUAAACAAGCUACUGCCAGAUCUGUGGUGAAACCACUGUUUCCAGUGAAAUAUUGUAUAACGCUAUUUGGAACUACUGAGAAAGACUGAGGCUUUUCUAUAGGAACCUUCUGUAUUACAUGGUAUUUUUUGUGUUAACCGUAGAGGCUAAACAUCAGAAUUUGUGAACACAGAUACUUGGUAUUUUUUUUUGCCCUAAAAUACGGAAAUGUUCAGAAGCAGCUCUUUUUAAAAAAAAAUUUUUUUUGGAUAGCAUUUUUGAUAGUGCAUUUGGGGAUUAUAAUGUUGGAAUUGAAUAGAACUAUCAAAUCCACAGUUCUCAAAUCAAGAUGUUUAAAUUAUAAGUUCUUUUUUUUUCAUUAAGUAUAAGUGAAUAUGUUCAUAUAUAGAGUAUGUUUGUUAAAUGUGGACAGUUUACACAUCCAACACAUAAUCUAAAAUUAUUUCUGUAUAACACAAAGUCUGAUACCUUAAAAAGGUGUUUAUAUAAUGUUUACUAACUCAGACAAGUCAGCCCUCAUGUGAGUAUACCAGAAACAUUUAAAAAUAUAUGAAAUAUUUUGGUUUCAUACUUAAACAGUUUGUGUGUGUUUGUUUUUAUUUCUGAAUUUACCAUGUGCUUUAUUGUUGUUUAAAAUGUUUUUCAUAUCUGUUCUAUUUUUAUCAUUUCUCUUACCAUUAGUUUGACAAAGUAUUUCUUCUAGAAUAGAUGUUUCAAAGGGAUCCAAUAAUGUUGGACUUUUAAAUAUACUUUUAGUUGUGUUUAACUUGUUUAAUAAAUAACUUUUUAAACUGA